CCCAGGCCAUGCGCUUGGCCCCUUGCUCACAUGGGACAGGCAGGGGGCGGGGGCGGGUUUUGUUGGAGGGAAAGAUCAGGUCAGUUUGGGACAUUCGGGAACGGAGACUUGGAUCGGCAGUGGGAGACGUGGGAGCUGGAGUUUGGGAAUGAGAACGGGGCCUGCGCCUGCGAGGUGGCGAGCGGUGCGGUGACCAGCCUGCCUGGGGCCAGCGUGACCCUGACCUGCCCGGGCGGGGAGCCGGGAGACGAUGCCACCGUUCACUGGCAGCCCGUGGCCGAAUCCCCGCAGGGCAGCCGGGCUGCCGUGGGAAGAAGGCUGCUGCUGAGGUCCGUGCAGCUCAGCGACUCUGGAAACUAUUCCUGUUACCAGGAUGGCCGCCUGGCCGGAACCGUGCAUUUGCUGGUGGACGUGCCCCCCGAGGAGCCCCAGCUCACUUGCUUUCGGAAGAGUCCACUCAGCAGGGUAGCCUGUGAGUGGACGCCCCGGCACCCACCCUCCCCGACCACCAGGGCCACGUUACUGGUGAGGAAGUUUCAGAGCCGCCCGCUGGGACACUCCCAGGAGCCGUGUCCCUACUCGCAGGGGCCCCGCAAGUUCUCCUGCCAGCUGGAGGUCCCGGAGGGGGACAACUCCUUGUACGUGGUGUCCCUGUGCGUCAGCAGCAGUGCUGGGACCAAGUCCAGCAGCCUCUACCCGUUUAAGGGCUACGGAAUCCUGCAGCCCGACCCGCCGGCCAACGUCACCGUCACGCCUGUGGACGGAAAUCCCCGCUGGCUCCGUGUCACGUGGAGAGACCCCCCCUCCUGGAACUCCUCGUUCUACAGGCUGCAGUUCGAGCUCCGGUACCGAGCUGAGCGCUCGAAGACCUUCACCACGUGGAUGGUCCAGGAGCCCCGGCACCAGUGCACCAUCAGUGACGCCUGGAAGGGCCUGCGGCACGUGGUGCAGCUCCGGGCUCGGGAGGAAUUUGGGCACGGCUCCUGGAGCCCUUGGAGCCCCGAGGCCAGCGGCACCCCUUGGACAGAGCCCAGGGGCCCUCCCGCCGAGAGCGAGGUGUCCUCCUCUACACAGGUGCUGACCACCAGCGAGGACAGUGGAAGUAAUCUCUCCGAAAAUUCUGCGAAUACGACCAGCCUCCCAGUGCAAGACUCGCCUUCAGGGCCGCUGCCCACCUUCCUGCUGGCUGGAGGAAGCCUGGCCUUCGGGACGCUCCUGUGCGUCGGCGUCGUGCUGAGGUUCAGGAAGACGUGGAGGCUGCGCGCGCUGAAGGACGGCAAGGCGAGUGGGCGCCCAGCGCACUCACUGGGACAGCUGGUCCCCGAGAGGCCCAAGCCCACCCCGGGGCUGGUGCCCCUCAUCUCCCCGCCAGUGUCCCCCAGCAGCCCUGGGUCCGACAGCGCCUCGAGGCACAGCCGACCGGAUGCCAGGGGCCCACAGAGCCCUUACGACGUCAGCAACAGAGACUACUUCUUCCCCGGGUAGCGGCGGUGCGGCUCCCGGCCGGCGGGGGACGAAGCCAGGCCGGCUCGUCUCAGGUGCUGGGGCCCCGCGGAAGGCGCAUCACUUCCCCCCAGCGGGGUUGCUGCCUCUGCCACUUGUGCCUUUCCCCGGUGCCUGAAGGGGCUGGAGUCCACGCGGAACCCCCAGAGAGGGCAGGUCACCGUCACGCUGGACACUUGGGGCGACGAGCUGCCGGCCACCCGUGCAGCCUGCGUCAGGCAGGACAGAUGUCCAGCCGAGACUCCCGGGUACCUGCUGGCCUGUCGUGUUGGAGCUGCCUGCCUUCUCCGUUCUGUCUGUCCAGGCCUGAGGCCUGCUUCCCCACACAGGGGGCUUGCGCAGUAUCUCAGGGCCCGGUGGUCUGAAGCGGAAUCAUAGUAGUUCCUCACUGGCAUUUUGCUAAAUGUGAAGGGCGAGCCUUGGCCCUCCCGGAAUCCAGGAGCUGGUGCUUGGGUUGAGGUCCCUCCUCUUCGGCUCCCAGGACUCCGGAGGAGAGAAGCAGAGGAGGGAGGGGCUUGGAGACGGGCCUCCGUGCGCUCCCCGAGUUGGUACUGCCCGGAGGCGGCACUGCCCAGGGGACCUGCCUCUGGAAGCCCCCUCCCCUGUCCUCCCCUGCUCCCGCAAGAGGAGGACCUGCAGCAGGGGGUGCGUGGGAACGACAGUUGGCACAGCUGCACCCCAGCUGCUUCUGCUCCUUUUCCAGCUGAGCCCGAGAAGCAAGGGAAGAUAAGGUUUAUGUGAAAAGACAAAAAGAACCCGGCAAGAAUGUAUUUCAACUUUUUUUUUUUUAAACCACUGUUUUACCCGGAGGGUGGGCAGAGCCGGUGUCAGCGUAUGAAUAACUGGGGGAAAAGCACCUUGUUCAGCACAAAACGGAGUCUGGUGCGAAGGAGGCGAAUACACCAUUUUCCUUUUAGAGCAGGAAGUCCCGUUGCUACAUUGUGUUUGUAGGAACCUAGUGUGUGUCUCCCUUGACUUAGGAGAAGCAGCCGCUGUCCCCCAGGCAGCCCAGAGGAGGGGGUGUCCAGACUCCCCCCCCCCCCAUGGAGCCCUUCCGGGAGGGGCCCUUCCAAAGUCCCCUGCCUCAGGGUCGUGGUCUUACUGAGUUCCGUGAUGUGAUUCAGCUCCGCUAGGAUGGGAGCACUGACGGCCGCAGCCGCCCGCCCGGCCGCACCCGCACCUUGAACCCGGGCUCCGGCACCCGGGGCUGUGCGGGAUCACCCAGCUGGGGCCCUCAGGCAGCACGGGCUGUCCCAGAACCAAGCCGGGGGUACAGCCCGCCUCGUGACCGCCGCGGAGUGUGCCCCGACGGCUUUCCUAGCGGCCCGCCUCGUUAGAGCCGCAGCCCCAGCACGGGACAGGUGGGGAGAGGGCGCAGGCGGCCGCUUUCCUCCGGGUUCGCCCCGUGCUGGUGCUGCGGCCUGGCGACCACUCGAGGCCCUUGGGUUCGGGCCUCCAGUUGACCGAAGUCAGGCAGGCUGUUGUUUUUCUCGAAUGUUUCUUUGAGAACGGCAAAAAUGCUGUCAGAGGGAAAUAUGCGGGAGGAGAACCUGAGAGCGAUCUUUACCUCCUGGGGGUGGGGGGGGGGGCUGGGUGUCACCAGGGCGUGGGCGGGCUGCCGGGAGAGGUCGGAAGAUGGGCCUGCAGAUAGCGCCUGGCCGCCGGCCGAGUUGAUCUCAGACUGUUCCUGCUCUCCUUGUGAUUGUAAUGAAGCUGCCUGUUUUUUGUAUUGCAGAGGGCCUUUCCCUCGAGUUCUGUAUAAGCUAGUGAAGAUGAAGGAAGCGUGUUUUCUCUGUGCUGUGGGCUGUGCCCUGAGCGCAGGUGCAUCCGCGAAGCUUUGUGGUCCCUGAGCGGUCCUAGCCACGGCCACUGCCCCCGUGUCCUGCGGGGCACCUGCUGUCUGUUCUGCUCCCCGUGUUACCUCCUCCCCUCCCCCACCGCACCCCCACCCCCACCCCCCGACCUGGAGCACAGCCUGAAGUGGGAGACGGCUCCUCUUGCUGGGUGGGACGAGCUGAAAAGACGCUGGUCCAAGGUCUCCGUCCGUGUGGUCAGUAAUUCGUGUAGCAUUAAUGAAAAUUCUUCGAAAUGUCAAGGGGUAGCAUUGAGUGGACCGACAAAGCCUUUGGAGACCCCGAGAGCUCUCUGCUCUGACGAGGUCUUGCCCUGGAGGCCUGUUUGCCAGGCUCGGCUCACAGACCCUCCGCCUGUUCCUGCUGUUCCCGGGGGCAGGACGCUGGGAGAAGGGAGGUGAGCAGAGCCGUGUGGGGCAGGCUACGCCGGGUCACGGUCUGGGGGUUUCCUGCAGAACGGUCAGGGAUGUCUUGCCGCCUCAGAGGAACUAAAGGUUGACCCACUUGGGGAGGAAUCUGUCCUCUGGUCUCACAGAGUUGGUGAGAAGCGUGUCUUCGUUUGGAGAAGCAGGUGUGAUGGCCCCUCAGAGGUCACACCGGCUUUCCCACAUGGCAGGCGUCUGUGGGGGCGUUGGGGCGCAGGCCAGCUGGUUGGGUGUCUGUGCCAGCGUCUUGCCUGUGUGUCCCCUGCGUCCCUCCAGCAUUGCGCCCUCGGUGUGACCUGGCAGCAGAGCCGGGAGUUUCUGUGACAAGCCACACCGAUGAGGACGGACACCGUCAGUCUCAUGAGCCUGUGCUCCGGCGGCGGUCGGCUGCGGGGAGCGGGCGGAACGGCAAGCAGCGGGGCUGGGGACGGGCAGAAGCCGUGUUGGACGGGCAUCACACAUCUGUCAAAUGUAAUAUACCUCAGCGCUUUUCCUUUUGUUUUUUGAGAAAAAUAAUAGUUUUAAUUUUUUCCCUAAUUACCUGAAAGCAAAUACCAAUGGUUGAUAUCUGUGUAGGGGGCAAAGGGUCAGUAUAAUGUUUUUCAAUAUUUUGCUUUUUAUCAGCUAUUUUCCAUUCAAAGUGAAAAUUGUAAAUGUUUGAAAUAAAUAAUUUCUAAAAAU